AUGGUUCCCCCGUACCACCCUGCUUCCAACGGUGCAGCUGAGCGGGUGGUGCAGACUAUUAAGGACAAACUUAAGAAGAGCCAGGCUGGGGAUUUCCGUACGCAGGUCGCCCGCAUACUCUUACAAUACCGGACUACGCCCCAUGAUGUCACCGGCCGUGCAUCCUGUGAGCUCCUGCUGGGACGGAUGGUGAAGACACCGUUGGACAUUUUGCAUCCAGGCCUCCGAUCCACGGCACUCCUCAAGCAGCUGAAUCAAAAGCUGGCUGCUGACAAAGGGCGCCGUCUUGGACCGUUGCCGGAGACUGGAGUGCAGUAUUCGACAGGAAUUUCCGUUUUGGCCCACCUUAAUCUGCUGGACAAGAGGUCGCGCCUGCAAGCUCCUCCUCUCUGCUCGUACGUAUGCAGGAUGGAACCACAUGGCACAGGCAUGCUGACCUUGUGA